AUGGACUCCGACAAUGCAAACGUUACUUCGGAGACUCACGAGGACAGCAUCUCGCCGGUCAGGGCGUUCAUCUCCAUUGCUCUGGUAUCCAUCGAGCAGUGGUGGGCGGUCCUCCUCCCGCUGCUCAUCACAGCCCGCCUGGCAUACAAGCGCUAUGCAUCACCCUUGCGGUCCUAUCCAGGCCCCUUUUGGGCCUCCUGCAGCCGUGUCUGGAAAGUCAAGUCGACCUUCCUGGGGAGAACGAACUGGGACCACGUGGAGCUACACAAGAAGUACGGCCCCAUUGUGCGGAUCGCGCCCGACGAGGUCUCCUUCUCGUCACCGCAGGUCGCCCGGCACGUGCUGGCAGCCGGCAAGCGGUUCACCAAGACCGACUUCUACUGGGUGUUCCCGCCGCCCGAGAACCCGGACAUCUUCACCGAGAUCCGGUCUGAAGUGAAUACUCCCUUUUGGCUCUUGAUACUAACAGUUUGGCAGCAUGCUAUGAAGAAGAAGGUCGCCAAUGUGCCGUACUCGAUGGCUGCCAUGCGGCAGCUUAGCCCCUUCAUCGACGACACCGUCGAGUUCUUCAUGAGCCGCCUCGAGUCCUACUGCCCGGCCUCGGACACGCCCGGCUUCAAGCAAGCCGGCGUCGACACCAAGCCGCAGACCGUCGAUCUCGGUAAGUGGCUGCACUACUUCGCUUUCGAUGUGCUGGGCGAGGUGGCCUUCGGCCGCUCCUUCGGGUUCCUGGCCGCGGGCUUCGACAAGGAGGACGCCAUCAAGACCAUCGACAACAGCCAGAGGUACAACGGCGUCGUUGGCCAGAUCCCCGAGUUCGACUACUUGCUGCGCCGCAACCCGCUGUUGAAGCUGAUUCCGGCGCUCGACCCAUCUAACUACCUCAUCACGCGCAUCGCCAAGGAGGAGAUGAAUAAACGCCGCCCAUUCGAGGUUGAAAGGGAGGGCAAGGGUGCCAAUAGCGACGGGCGUGAGGAUCUCUUGGCCAGUCUCAUAAAGGGCCACCUCAAGGACCGCGAAAGGUUCCACGAAGGUGAUGUAUUUUCUGUCGCCCAUGGUGCUAUCUUCGCCGGUUCCGACUCAACCGCAUCCACAAUGCAAUCACUCUUCUGGUUGAUUCUCUCAACGCCCCGAGUCUACGCCACAAUCACCGCCGAGACUGACGCUGCCGUGCAAAACGGGACCAUCUCCUCCACGGGCAACAUCGACUGGGCCGAGGCGCAGAGCCUGUCCUAUUUCCAGGCCUGCCUGAAGGAAGCCAUGCGCCUACGUCCUGCCGUGGGUCUGAACAUGACGCGCCACGCACCGUCGGAGGGCGUCGACCUCGAGGGCCACCACUUCCCCGGAGGCACGCGGCUGGCGAUGAAUGGCUGGGUGCUGCACCGGGACAGGGAGAUCUUCGGCGAGGACGCCGACCUCUACCGCCCGGAGCGGUGGCUGGACGACGAGGAGAACGCGAAGGUCAUGGAGAGGUACAUGUUCCAGUUUGGCGGCGGCGCUCAUAUCUGCAUCGGCCGGAAUCUGGCCAUCCUCGAAAUCAACAAGGUGUGCCCGCGACUGCUGCGAGACUACGAGUUCCAGCUGGUCGAUCCCACGCGCGAGCUCAAGGCCACGGCCACGUUCUUCGUCAUACAGGAGGGCUUGGAGGUCUAUAUCUCUCGCAAGGGGCCUUCGAAAGCUUAG